AUGUUUCGCAACGGUGUUUUAAAACAAUACCUUAUGGAAACUUCUCAAAAGGACUUAUGUGCGAAAAAUACCACCCCUAAGGAGCCUCAGGGAGGCUCGAAAGCUAUCCCUAAAGAAAUUUAUUCAACGCGUUUGGGUGUGAAAUAUGAAGUUAUGAUUAAAAAAUAUAACGAAUUCCGUGGGAAGAAAAAUCCAUAUCUUAAAAGCGUUAUGGAACCAACCACUACUUACAGCAAAACAGGCGUUCGUGUCGAACGCUUAUAUUAUAAAGAAUAUAAAAAUCUUGAAUUUGAUAUUAUUAGAUCACAUCAACAAAUUAGAUGGAACCAUUUAACAAAGAGCACUUUUAAACAUGAACGACAUGGUGAAACAAAUAAUUAUAUGAUUGUUUUUAAUGAUAUAUGUGAAAAAUGUAGUAAAGUAUGUAAUUCAAUACAUUUUCAACGUAAUUUUGAAAGUUGGACCAGUGGUAAUGUGAUUUUAUAUUUACCAGGUAUGGUCACUACACCACUAAAUCCAACGGCAGCUAUGCCCAUAAUUUUAGUUAAUACAGCAUCUUUUAUACGAAGAGAAAACAAAUCGGAAAUACGAAUUUCUAUAUUUUUUUACAUCAUGGCUAAUUUACAUUUACUUAAUGUAGUGAUGGUGGUCUUGAGAAUGAGGCUUUAUACAACAAGUGCAGUUUUUGCGGAUUUAUUAAUUAAAGGAUUUGUUGGUACUAAAUAAAAUUUUUAUUAAGAGAAAUAAUU